AUGGAGAGUAAUUUCGGGUGCAGCCACUACGACGUGGGCUUCCGCAGCCUGGGGGGCGGUAGGGAGGAGGAAGAACAGAAUGUGCGGAGCGGCUGCAGUAAACUACGUUGGCAUGAGAGAGCCGAACCCCUUCGACGACGAAAACCUGGAGGGCGGCUUUGGCGGCAGCUUGGCGCCCCCGCAGCAGCUGGAGGAGCCGCCUCCCCCCCGGCUGCGGUGGGGCCACUGAUCGCUGAGAGGAAGCAGCGCCGCUACCGCACCGCGUUCACCCAGUUGCAGCUGCAGGAACUGGAGGACAUUUUCCAUCGCGUUCAAUACCCCGACGUGUUCACGCGAGAAGAGAUCGCAGGACGUCUGAAUUUGACUGAAGCCAAAGUGCAGGUUUGGUUUCAAAACAGAAGGGCCAAGUGGAGAAGACACCAGAGGGCAAUGAUGCUCAGAAAUAUGGCCCCUGUUGCCUUGGGCCCUCCUGUGGGAGUAAUCUUUGAUGGGCCCUAUCAUGCAAUCCCUGUUCUGGACCCGGCAUGGAGAUAUGUUCCUCUAGUGCCUCGGGGCCUUAUGCCUCCUGGGCCACCCUUACACCCUGGGCCUCCUGGGCCACCUCUGCCACCCGGGCCACCCAUGAUACCUAUGCCACCCCCGCCACCUGUGCCUCCCUUUGCACUGGCCCCCGUUGUGGCAUGGGCCCAUGUCAUCAAUGGUUAUUUCACAGGUCCCAUUUUCUAAAGUAUGGUCUUUGUGACAAUUUUUCCAAAGUGUUUUUUUUCUGCCAGAUAUAAAUCAUGCGUAGCGCAAUAUUGAGUAAUUCUUCAAAUACAUGUUAAAUGAAUUGAAUAACUGAACAAAGUUAGUGCCUGUUGUUCUUGUAGAGUACCUUUUCAAUAAAGCAUUUUCAAUAAAGUUUCAAAUAAGCAAUA